AUGGGAAGGAACGGUCUAUUAACAGAUACAAUCGUUGCUUUUGCAUUAGCUCUUCUGCUGAACGAAUGUAAUUCAGCGGCACUCGACACACUUUACUUGGGCGCCUCUCUAACAAGAAGUCAAACCAUAAAGUCAAGGAAUGGAAGUUUUGAAUUGGGAUUCUUCAGCCCCAGUGGAACGAAUAACUGGUAUAUGGGUAUCUGGAGCCUCCCAAGAAAGAAAGUCGUUUGGGUGGCAAACAGAGAGAAUCCGGUGAGGAAAAAGACGGGAGUUUUGAGGCUGUCGAGAGAUGGUUACCUGGGACUGUUUCGUAGGAAAGGUGCGUCUGUUUGGUCGGCCAAUGUGAGCCAGGCAGCGUCCAAUGCUGUGAUAACAGAUUCCGGUAAUUUUGUGUUAAUGGCAGCCAACAAAAAAUCGAAGACUCUUUGGCAGAGCUUCGACCAUCCUGGAAAUACCUGGUUGCCCGGAAUGAAACUUGGUAAAGACAAAAAGUUGGUUUCAUGGAAGAAUUCUUUGGAUCCGGCUCCUGGGAUUUUCUCUUUUCAGGCUGAUACAUCUAGAGACAAUCAAUUUGUGUUAAUCUCGAAUAACACUAUGGUGUAUUGGAGAAGCGAGUGGGUCGACAAUAUGAUUGCAGAAAUUCCACCCUUCUUCAAUGUCAAAUUCAAUCUUGAAAAUUCUAGCUCUGGCAUUUAUUCCACAUAUACGCCCACUGUGGAUUAUUUGUUAGGUUUCUCCCUAAGAACGUACGGAGUACUUGGAGAGGACUAUUAUGAUGAGCACAAUAGGGUGGAGGUGGAAGCACCUUCUAAUUGCCCGGUGUAUAAUCUGUGUGGCCCUUAUGGAAUCUGCGAAAAUAGACGCGUCCGUCAAAUAGACUGGAAGCCGAGAAACAAUGAUCCCUGGGAUUCGCACGAGUGGUGGAGCAGCGGCUGCGUUUUCGAUGGACGUUCCGAUUGCGAUUCCCUAAACGGCAGCACUGUGGGAUUUAGUACGACAUAUAAUAUCUGGGUGCCUGAUACAGGUUCUGCUCCAUACCCUGCACCGACACGGGAGGCUUGCGAGGAUGUGUGCCUCCGCAACUGCUCCUGCGUUGCAUAUAGUUUCGAACCCUGUCAGUUUUGGUUCCAGGAUGUAUUCAACACAGACAAUUUAGUCGUUAAGGAUGGACUGCAGCUUCGCCUACCCGACGGCCCCGCGUCAGGCUCUUCGCAAUAUAACGGAAGAGAUCCUGGAGUUGUUUUACUCAUUGCAAUCAGUUCGAUUGGCGCUCUUGUCAUUGCUCUAUUUUUUAUAAUUAAAACGUGGUGUUGGAGGAGGCAUCGGUUAAGAUCAACCCAAAGGUUUGCAGACUCCUCGGAUGCAUUCCUCAGAACGUUUAGUUACAAGGAGUUGAAGACUGCAACCAGGAAUUUCAGGUGCAAGUUGGGGUCUGGUGGAUUCGGCUUAGUGUUCAAAGGAGCUCUAACAGACGGUACGCUUGUAGCCGUAAAGAAGCUAGAGGGUUCGAAACAAUCUGAAAAGCAAUUUCGUGCAGAAAUCAACUAUGUGGGAAACAUACAUCAUGCGAAUUUGGUAAGGCUUCGAGGAUUUUGUGCAAAAGGUUCAAGAAGAUUACUGGUUUUUGAUUACAUGCCCAACGGUUCUCUAAAUUCCUUCCUCUUCACCACUGCUUCCAAAAGCCCGCCAAAGGUACUGGAUUGGAGAUCCCGAUUUGAGAUCGCUUUAGGCACUGGAAGAGGAUUGCUUUAUCUCCAUGAGGAAUGCAGAGAUCGCAUCAUCCACAGCGAUAUAAAGCCCGAAAACAUUCUUUUUGGUAUGACCCUUUUGGAAAUUAUAUCAGGCCGAAGAAAUCUACACUUAACUGUGCAAGAAUCAAGUAAGUACUAUUUUCCAUCCUGGGCUGAAGAGCAGAUUUGUCAGGGAAAUAUGAUAAGUAUUGUAGAUGAAAGGAUUGCAAAUAAUGCUGAUGUAAUUCCAACCGUGAUGACAAACCAGCGAGUAGACCGACGGAACAGUGAUAGCGAUAGCGAUAGCGAAUCCUGCAUCGUGUGA